AAAACCCUCAUAAGUGUCUCUCCAGCGGUGGCAUAGUCCGAGACGAACUUUGCUUUGGAUUAGACUACAUGUAGUUGUUGGAGGACGGUGCCGGUACGGUAGGACUCAGACAUCAUGGUCAAGAACAGUCUUCACGCCCAACGAAAGCAAUUGGAGGAAGCGGCGUUGGCGGAUGCUGCACAGGCAGCCGAUGCCGCUGCACAGCAACAAAGAAGUCGCUUGACCCGUUGGGCACUGAUCCUGAUGCUGUCGGGUAUUGUGAUGGGCGCCAUGACGCUGACGGAAGACCGAAGAGCCGUGUUGUGGAAGAACGUGGAAAGUGUCAAGUCGAGGAAAAGUUCGUCGAUACGGAUGAAGCCGUUUGAUAUGAGCCAAUACGAUGAAAUUCAUCUCUGGCACUUGCGAAAAGCGGGAGGAUCCACACUCCGAAAAUUCUUGAUCCAAGUGGCCGAACAUCACAAUCUUACCUUCAAGGUGGACGAAGGCAUGUGCUACACGGGUCCUCCUCCUCGGGACAACAACAACAGCAAUAAGAGGACCUCUAUGGUGACCAUGCUCAAAGAUCCAGUGGCGAGAGCUGUCUCAGCAUACUGGGGCGAAGGAGAAAUCGACACUGCCCACCCCGACACUAGUUUCAGGACUUGGGCCCUGAAAACCAACAAUACAGCCUAUAAGGGACUCCCCGGUGGUCAUUGGUUCAUUUGGGGAUGUGUCCAAAAUUGCAUGACCAAAAUAUUCGGGAGCAUGCCCGUCAAUCUCACUCGAGCUCAAGCCACGCUGGAAUCGGACUUUGAUCUCAUUGUGCAAUCCAAUCGGUUGAGCGAUCCAGUCUAUCAACAAUGGUUGAGUCACAUCAUGGGCGCUCCAAACGCCAAGAUAUUGCACGAAAACAAAUCCACCCGAAAAGAUGUCAAGGAAAACCAGGUCGCAGCCCCAAAGGAAGAAGACUUGGAAUUCCUCAAAGACAUUAAUCAACUGGACUAUCAGUUGUUGGAGUACAUUGUUCCCAAACGAAAGGAACUGCAAGGAACUGCAAGGAACCAUAUAGCUACCGUAUUCAUGCAUGCAUGCAUGUUUGGUGGUGAAGGAAGCAAACAACAACAAGAUGUCGACAAACUGCUGCGCAUUCUUGGUUUUUUAAAAACCUGGACGAGCGACGACAACCGCCUCAUCAAUUUGCUUUUUCCUUCAUGCAAGUGCAAGAAACAACGCAUCAGAAAAUAUAUUUCAAUUCGGUGGAAUGCAGGAAGAUUUGUUUGCUUGUUCACUAGGAUUCAACGUUGCUGCGAGACUGUCACUCGACUAAUAGACGGAUGGGUGAGGCAGUCAUGACGUCAUGACUGUAACAUCAGGACACGGAAAUGUUCGUGUUUCGGUGAACGAGAUCGAUCGUGUGUGGCGCCUUUUUGGAGCAUCAAUACAAGCGAAGAUCACUGAUUUACUUGCACAAGUCACAGAUGCAGAUUGCUGUCGGGUCACUCUUUGACCGCCCACACUGCGAUAUGCUUUGCCUAUUUGAGAAUUACCGGCAGCAAUCUAGUACCGUAUAGGUGGCUGAUACAGUGUAAUGGCACACUAGAUAGCUGGCUCAGGUGGAUCUCCUACCGUACCGAUACCAGGUACUAGAGUGGACGAUUGUGCUGUGAGCACCCGUGCAGACUCGGAGUGAAGCUUCAGGAACAACGAGCGAGCGAAAGCGGUUACCCGGCUACAGCAAGCUUUAGAACCGUUUUACUGUUUGUUAUGGAACCUGUUGACUAGCUAGCUAGCUAGCUAGGCAGGUCAAAUGGAAAAGCAGUCAGCCAGCGGAUGUGGUCUGGUGUCUUCAGCCCCCAGGCACGGUCCAAGCAAGGAUAGCCAGUGAAGAGGACAUCCGUUUUACCAUCCUGAGAUCAUUCGACUUCUUCCUCCGCAAUGAUUUGUUUUGGCAACCUUUCAAGGCCGCAUGAUACGACCUCAGGUGCCCCGAACCCCGAACAAGCCGAAGACGAACACGAGGGCUCCUCGGAACAACAAUGAUGAUCUUUGCAAACAGUUACUGGUACCGAUGCGAUAUCGGAUGCUAGCAACCGCUAGCUCCGCGGGUUAUACUACAGUAGUGGCUCCUUAUUAUGCAGUGGCCUGAGUCGGAAAGUCAGAAUGCUUUUCCAAGUUCCAAGCACAGGUUCCACGUAGCGCAAGACUUAGUGCCCACCCAGUGGCAUCCACAACCAUCAAUAACCAUCCUUCACCAAUCACCAAUACAGGUACAGCUCAGGUACCAUACCACACCCCACACCACACAUCAACCGUCGUGCCGUCGUGGAUAACUAGACUAGCUAUUAAUAGUAGUAGAGCCCACUACAUGGUACUAGUACCGUAUCGCAC